UGCAUGUCUACUACGUGUCGUUUUGCUGGUUUGGAAUUUCAACAUCAUCCUCUGUUGUUUGCACGUACUCUUGAGCGGUGAAAGUACACUGAAGAAGAACGCAUCUUCUUCGAUGAAAUGAAAAUCGUAAUUGCGAAGAAUCCCAUUAAUCUUGUCAACUCUCAGGGUUCGCUUGUUCUUUUCCGUGCUCCUUCCCUUGCUCGAAAUUUUCUUCACGCUUCGAGCUCCAAAUGGCCACGCAGCACCAAUCCCCUCAUGUUUUCGUUUUCUUCAUUGAGAGUUUCAGUUUCGUGCGCUUCUUCGUCCUCGACUGUGUACGGAGGUUGGGACGAUCUUGGCAGUUCCGACGCGCCUGGUGAGUCCAACGCGCUGCGCAAUUUUCUCGUUUCUAUCGGAAUCGAUGAUAGGAAGAACGUUUUCGUGUUCCUAUUGGGUCUCGUUUGUGCGUUGGCGAUUUCUAGGGUUAAGGUUUCUUCUAUUGUCGUUCUUCCUGCUUCCGCGUUGGUUUUCGCCGUUGGUUUCACGGUAGGGUUUUUCCGAAACGGAACGUUCGGUGAGGUGAGGGCGAGUGGGAGUAAGAGGAGGGAAAAGGAAGAGAAUUCGAAUUUGAAUUGGAAGCUGUCUUGGGAGAAAUUGAGGAGUUUGGUGGAAUUUUUUGACGAGCUUGAUCUUGUGGUCGAUAACUUGAAGAAUGAUGUACAAAGUGCUAUUAGGGAUAAUAAGAUUCGAGUGGAUGAUUUUUAUGGUUAUGUUGAAGUCACGGAUAAGAUUAAAAUUUCAGCUAAGAAUGCUAGGGAUGUUGUUAGGGCUUUAAUUGAUAAUGAGGAAAACUCUGGUGGUGUUUUGGUUGAGAACCAUAAGAGUGGUAGAAGAAAGAAACAAGUUGGAGAAAGUGGGUACCAGAUGCUCCAGUCUUUUAGCAGUUUGUUUGGGGAAAAUUUGUUUAGCUCCAAUCCCACCAAAGUCAGAGAAAAUGUUAAGCAAGAGGCAGUGGAUAGAACGUUGAAUCAAACUCGAGGAAAUGGUAAUGUGCCUCUAGUUGAAGACAGGGCUUUGAAUUUGGUUGAUGAUCAUAAGGGAAAUCGUAAAUUGGAUCUGGAUCCUUCUCAAGACUCAUCUACUAACUCUGUUUUGGAUAUGAACAAAAAUGGAAGUAUAAGAACUACUCCCGAGGGAGAAAAUGUUGGCUUAGGGGACAUUCGGAGAAGCACUAAUAAAUUCUUUGAUGAUAAAGAGUAUAGUUACAGGAACAAAGGAUUGAGAUUCACAAAUAAUCACAGCUUCUCUUUGAAGAUGGAUUCCAGCAGCGUAACAGACAUGUGGGAAUCCCAAGACAGUCUGAUUGAUUCUGAGAGCUUUAAAGUCAGAACAAAACGCAUGGAAAGUGAGUCCUCGUUUUUGCGUGAGCAGCUGCUCGAUGGAGGUCAUGAGACUUUCAGGUCUUCUCACGACAAGAGGGAGGGUGGAUCUGACAGGUCUCAGUAUAACAAUGAUACGGUGAAUUAUGAUGAUCAUCGCCAUCUUGCAGAUGAUUUAUCUGCACACGAGAAUGAAUUCAAUACCCCUUCAUCUACAAAGAUUUCAGAUGAUAUGAUGUUUGAUAGGUAUCUUGCUGAAGCAACAGACCUUCUAAAACAAGCAAAAGAGUUUAUAAAAGGUAGGCAGGGUGAAGAGCAAGCUGAAAUCAUGUUAUACAGGUCCGCAAACUUACUAUCCAAGGCUGUGGAGUUGAAGCCCAUGAGUUUGUUGGCUGUAGGCCAGUUAGGAAACACUUACCUUCUUCAUGGAGAAUUGAAGUUGAAGAUUAGUCGUGAAUUGAGAACUCUUCUUUCUGGGAGCAUCCAACCAUCAUCUGUCAAACAUAGUAGAAUAUUGAAGGGACUGAGGAAUAAAAUCAAUAGUAAAGAGGAAGUUGCACCAUUUCUUAUUGAUGUUUGUGAAGAGUGUGAAGAGCUACUAGUGGAGGCAGGCAGAAAGUAUAGGCUGGCAUUGUCAAUUGAUUCAAAUGAUGUGAGAGCCCUGUAUAAUUGGGGCCUUGCUCUUUCUUUCCGAGGCCAAUUGAUAGCAGAUAUUGGUCCGGGUGCUGCUUUUGAGGCUGAAAGAGUGUUCCUGGCUGCAAUUGACAAGUUUGAUGCUAUGCUGUUAAAGGGCAAUGUUUAUGCACCAGAUGCUUUGUUUAGAUGGGGUGUGGCAUUGCAGCAGCGAUCUCGCUUAAGGCCAGGAAGUAGUAAAGAGAAGUUGAAGUUACUGCAACAAGCUAAAAGGCUAUAUGAAGAUGCCCUUGAUAUGAACUCCAAUAACGGGCAAGUGAAAGACGCCUUAUCCUCAUGUCUCGCUGAGCUUAAUUAUCGACAGUUUUAGCCAAUUCAUGGAAAGAGUUACCCAGGAGAAUCAUUUUGCUUCCAAUCUCUUGUUGGCAAUUAUGUGUUAUAUCUACCGUACAUCCAGCACCAGCGGCAGGUAUAUUUGCAUAAGUGGCCUUUGACACAAAUGAGUUUUGGUUCCCAGUGUCAUCGUCUCUCUACUGAUUCUCCCUAGAAUCAGAUAAAGACAGCACGCAUAGUAACAGUAAUAAUAAGGUUAAAAUGUAACCAUUUUUGCUUUGCAUUUUUGUAUCAUAAAAUUCCUGUCACAUGAAUUUUCAUUAUUGGUAUAGGAAAUAAUUUUAUCUAUGGACAGUAAUGGUUUGAUUAUCAUUGUUGGUAUAGGAAAUAAUUCCUGACA